AUGCUUUCACGUGUGUCUCGAGUGUCGCUACGUGGUCUCGCUGUCCGUCGCAUGUGUGUGAACUAUAAGCGUCUAGGACAAGUAGCUUUUUUCUCGACUGAGGAUCCUUUUAACUUGCCUACGAGUGCUGAGGAGGAGCUAGCUCUUACGCCUAAAGUACAGACAGUGUUGGACCAGAUAUUGGAGCUUAAUAUGAUUGAGAUUGCAGAGCUUUCGCACGCUAUUCAAACCAAGUUUGGUAUCGCCGAGUCUGCAUUUCAGGUUGGCAUGGGUGGUGGUGCUGGUGGUGAUGCUACCCCUGUUGCUGAAGAGACAAAGGAGGAAAAGACUGCAUUUGAUGUGAAAUUGGCCAGCUUUGAUGCCAAGAGCAAGAUUAAAGUUAUUAAGGAGGUGCGCGCUAUCACUGGUCUGGGUUUAAAAGAGGCGAAGGAGCUUGUUGAGGGAGCCCCUAGUACAUUAAAGAAGGGUGUAAAGAAGGAAGAGGCCAACGAACUUGUUGAGAAGCUAAAGGCUGUAGGUGCGAUUGUGGAACUGGAAUAG